AUGUUGGUUGAAGGAAAUGCUGUAGCAGGUGAUAUCAAAUCUAUGGACGAAUCGUUCAAAAACGCUUUUCAUAAGCACAGUAAACAAAUCCAACGAGUUCCUUGUGCUCCGAUUGGAACUUAUUUAUCUGCUAUGGGAAUCACACAUAUCGAUUUCUUUAGUCUGGAUGUUGAAGGUGCAGAAUUAUCGGUUUUGCUUACAAUGGAUUGGAAUAUUCAUGUACAUUAUCUUCUGAUAGAAAAUAGUUCGAAAAUACCGAAUAUAACGGAUCUUUUACAAAAUCGUGGAUUUCGAGUCCAAGAAUUUCGACAUUGUACUCCGGGACCUGGAUGUACGAGUAAUACUUUAUUCGUUAACGAUAAAUAUGAAAAACCGGAUUUUUCAUCGAUUCGUUUAGCAAAUAUUUCUUGCGAUAGAUAA